UCCGUUACUUCUGCACUUCUCACCGUCUUCCUUCCUUUCCGCACCUCCCCGUCAGGACAUGACCACUAAUUGCGCUGCAGACUUCCUCUCGCCUCCCUCGAGAGGAUUUCUCUCUCUAUCUUCAGGCAUCUUAAUAAUAAAGGAUUAAUUAAUCAUAAUAAUUAAGCAUGACCACUCCGGCUCCCUCGAUAGCUCCGUUGGCUCCCGCACUGGCCGCCAAGCCUGCGAUUUCACCUUCUCCCGGUCCGGGCACACCCGGCUCGAUCACCUCCAAGGAAUGGGUAAUUCCACCACGCCCCAAGCCCGGUCGCAAGCCUGCUACCGAUACGCCCCCGACCAAACGGAAAGCCCAGAAUCGAGCUGCGCAGAGAGCCUUUCGGGAGCGACGAGCCGCCCGCGUCAACGAACUCGAGGAUCAGAUCAAGCAGAUUGAAGACGAGCAUGACAUCCAUGUACUCGCCUUCAAGGAGCAGAUCUCCAACCUGUCCCACGAAGUCGAGCAAUGCCGUACUGAGAUGUCAUGGUGGCGAGACCGCUGCCACGCCCUCGAGAAGGAGGUCUCCGUCGAACGAAGUGCUAAGGAAGCCCUGGUGAAGGAAUUCCGCUCCUCUGUCUCCGAUCACGCCGCUUCGAGUGAUAAGUCUCGGUCCUCGGCCGACCGUGAAGCUCGGGAAAGGGCGCAAUCGAGUCAUGCCCACGAGGAGCGAGAGGAGGUGCCCCUGGGUUGCAGCAACUGCUCGUCAACUCACUGCCAAUGCAUCGAGGACGCAUUUAGCAUGCCAGGUAUCGAAACUCGCGAUAUGAAACGCCCGAGCACUUCGGCGGCCGUCCGACCGGAACCUCAGAUCAAGCCUGACCCGGAGGAAAUGGAGAUUGAUUUUACAACGCGGUUUGCGGCGCCUCAAGCCCAGGAAGACACGUCCACGGCCGUUUCGUCGCCCGCGGUCGAUCCCUGCGGAUUCUGCCAGGACGGAACACCGUGCAUUUGCGCCGAGAUGGCGGCUCAGGAGGAGCAGCGCGAGCAAAGGAGCUCGUUCGAGACCAACCGACUCGCCCCAAUCCAGAACUUGUCCCAGUUCACUCCGCCCCCGUCCGACGGCGACGUUCGCUCGGAGGUGACUCUGCCUCCCAUCAGCCAGGCAACCAAUCCGUGCGCCAACGGCCCGGGCACCUGCGCCCAAUGCAUGUCCGACCCGCAACGUACCCUUUUUUGCAAGACGCUGGCGGCAUCCCGCUCCGCCAGCGUUGCCUCCUCCGGCUGCUGCGGCGGUAAGGGCGCCGACGGUGGAUGCUGUCAGUCCCGGAACUCGAAUCCACCUCCCCGGAGCGGAUCGACUGUCAAUGCCAACUCCGCUAAAUCCAAGACCCCAUCCUUGACUCUUUCAUAUUCGGACGCUUUCACGACGCUGUCGCGGCACCCGAACUUCUCUCGGGCCAGCGAUGACAUCUCCGCAUGGCUCCCCAAGCUUCACACGCUACCAAACCCCAAGGACGUUGCCCCGGCGGAGACCUCGCGAGCCGCGAUGGAAGUCGAGGCAGCCAGCGUGAUGGGUGUUUUGCGAUACUUCGACCGGAGAUUUGCCGACAAAUAAUCAUGUUUCAUUUUCGCUUUCUUUUUUGUUUUGCUUUUACGAUGAUACCCAAACUUGACUCAAGAAUGUCUGAGUUUGUAUUAUACAUUUCAUUUGCUCGACUGACGAAGGGAGAGAUGCGGUUCUUGUUUUACUCCAGUCUCUCAUCUUUCUUCGGGAAACGAGACCUCGAAGCUCCGUCGAUUCCUACUUCAGAAAGCACUUCUCGGCAGAGAUAAACAUGCGGACACACGAGAGUGGAAUGAACUCCUCUCGUCUCGUACCAACCUAAAUGACUUGGAUGGGUGUAUGACAGGCGUUCCAUGACUUGCACAUUCUGUACUUUCUUUUUCCUUGAAUGAUUUCGGACGAAUUUUUUUUUUCUUUCUUCACACAAAAAGGGGCGAAGAACGUUCCACUGAGAACGACCUGCGGGAAACAAUCCAGGGCUUCUUGAUUUCCUACAUUGAACCAAAAGGAGGGAAAUAUUAGAUAGAUACGUCCCUCUCUCUACUCUUGCGAUCUCGACAUUUGAUUGGGACUAUUUAUACAUAGAUUUAGGUUAUGGAAUGGAGGACUUUUUCUCUCAGGCUGGCGAUUUGACUGACUUCUGUCUUUUGUAUUGGAUACAGUUAUUCACCUUCUAUAUACAUUGGAGGAAAUACUAUGUCUUCGGAUUUUGUGAAAUGACAUGGGAGAUAUCGCUCUCUUGGAUCUGAAUUCCACUAUCGUUAUUAUCAUCAUUAUUAU